AUGAAGUGCACACAAAUAGUUUUGCUAACAUUACUCACUUUAGUGUGUGAUGUAUGGGGUCAUCCCUGGGACCCUGAGGGGCGCACCAAAGAUCCAAAUUGGAUGAAAAAACACGAGAGACUAGUGAACCAAACGCUGGAACACAAAAACGACUCGAAAGUGGUUUUCGUGGGCGACUCCAUCACUGAAGGCUGGGGCGGCUUAGGAAAGGCUGUUUGGGAUAAGUANCCAAAUUGGAUGAAAAAACACGAGAGACUAGUGAACCAAACGCUGGAACACAAAAACGACUCGAAAGUGGUUUUCGUGGGCGACUCCAUCACUGAAGGCUGGGGCGGCUUAGGAAAGGCUGUUUGGGAUAAGUAUUACAUUCCGAGACAUACAUAUGAUUACGGCGUUGGCGGUGACCGCACUGAACACGUGUUAUACAGAAUCGAGAACAAGGAGUUCGAUGGACUCCACCCUAAAGUUACUGUACUUAUGAUCGGUACGAAUAAUGUCCCAAAUAAUGAUACCAUCGAAGACAUCAGACAUGGAGUACAAGAAGUAAUAAAAGAGUUAUUGGUUAAGAUGUCGACCUCUAAACUCAUACUAUUAGGUGUAUUACCCAGAGCUGAGCCAUGGGGUGAUGUAUGCAAACAACUCAAUACACUGAUCAAGACGUUAGCCGAUGACAAGACUGUAUUCUUCCUGGACAUGUGGUCAGCAUAUGAGACACCGGAUGGCAAACAAAAUACUGAUCUCUAUGUGGCCGACAAACUACAUCUUAAUGAGAAGGGUUAUCAGGUGUGGCAACAGACUAUGGAACCAUUGCUUAAGAAAUUAGAUCCAGAUUUCUGA